GGUGGCCCAUGCAUUUCUUUUCAAAAAAAAAAAACGCUCGCUUGUACUUUUUUCUGUUUUAGUCAAGUUUCUGUUAAAGUCCUUCAUUUCAAACAAUUAGUCAAGUUGAUAACACAAGCAUAAUGAUACCCAGCGCUCGUAUGGCGCGCUUAGCUAGAGAAGUAAAGAGUUUUGAAACAAAACCUCCUUGGGGAAUAGUUUGUCAGCCAAGAAAAGACGAUGUUUACGACGUUUUAAACUUCACACUGCAAGGACCGGCAGGUUCCCCGUAUGAAAAUGGAUAUUUUAAGUUAACAGUGACUAUUCCACAGAAGUAUCCGUUUGAACCGCCGCUGGUGAAAUUCAUAACGCCGGUGUACCAUCCGAACAUAGACAAAGGUGGCAGAAUAUGCAUGGAUAUGUUAAAAAUGCCUCCCCAUGGUACUUGGUUACCUACAAUCACAUUAGAAACUCUCCUAGUGUCACUUCAAACCUUGCUGGGAAACCCAAAUCCGGAUGACCCUCUCAUGAUGGACUUAGCUACAGAAUAUAAAUUUAAUAUUAAGGAAUAUAUAGAAAAAGCAAGGAAAUAUACUGAGAAAUAUGCUAAGCCAUGAUAAGACUCA